GUCUGCCACCAACUGUCCAACCGAUGUAGGUCAAGUCGACAGGUGAACCGGUUGGUGACGUCACAUCCGUGAGUAAAUACCUGCCAGGUGUGUUGUGUUUUGUCGCUGAUCUCUUCAGUCCUCACAAACAUGGCAAGCAUCAGACCAGAAAUGGAAAAUGAGAUUCGGGAAGCGUUCACGAUGAACUGCCAGUCGGACAACCGACUCGCUCUCAAUGGUCUGGGGAACGUUCUGCGCUCCGUGGGACUCAGCCCGACCGAGAUGCAGCUGAGGAAGAUAGCGGGGGAGUACGAGCAGCGAUCCAUGAAAACCCUAGACGUGACUGAAGUGUUGAAGAUCGUUGCUAAGUACGGUUUCCAGCCCGAGGCGACAGAAGACCUCCGGGAGGCGCUGAGGAUCUUCGACAAGGACGGCAACGGCUACAUCAACGUGGGGGAGUUCCGGCACGUGCUCGUCAGUUUGGGGGAGAAACUGGCCGACGAGGAGGUCGAUGAGCUAAUGCGGGAACUCAACAUGACAGGCGACGGGCAGUUCAGCUAUGACGAUUUAAUAAAUGUUAUCAAGUCGUUAAAUUGAUGUGUAGUUUGACUAUACAUCAUAUUUAUAUAAACAUUUACGUUUUCGUUCGCAUCAUCGCCAUUGGUACUCCGUGAUGUCGUGGACAAAGGACAAACAUAAUAUGUAUAGUGAUAAACAUGCACUAGACAGUGGUGACACAUCACACUGACAGCAAAUAUUAUUUUAACAAGAGAUGUGAGGAGAAAUGUUGAGGUAAAUGUGAAUGGACGUGUACAGUAGUAGUAAAACGUGGCUGGAGAACUAGCAAACACUGAACAGAACUCUUUAAAACAAGAAGUACUGAUCGAGGAAAUUCAUGUGUGUUGUCUCCCUUGAUACGUCGUCGUGUUUGUUUAAUAUUGUGUUCCAACUUUUUCAUAAACUGUGUGUUCCACUGCCACCGUGUUACAUUUCUUUUCUGAUUUUAUUGUAUAGGAUAUUUUCACAUAUAAAUUAUAUUAAAACUUAUAAACAUA